AUGUCCGUGCGCCACGACUGGUACCAGUCCGAGACCAAGGUGGUCAUCACCGUGCUCCUGAAGAACGCCGCCGACAAGAACUAUGCGGUGGAGAUUUCCCAGAACCGCGUCCACAUGACCGCCGAUGGCUAUGAGUUGGAUCUGAAGCUGCUCCAUCCCAUCGUCGUGGAGCGGUCCUCGCACAAGGCAUUCCCCUCCAAGGUGGAGAUCACGCUGGCCAAGGAGACGGGCGUUCGCUGGGAGAAUCUCGAGGAGAAGAGCGUGGUCGUGGCCGCUGCUCCCGUUAAACCCAAAACCAAGAACUGGGAUCAGCUGGUCAGCGAGGAGGAGAAGAUCGACGAGAAGGAGGCCAAGGGCGAGACGGCCCUCAACAACCUGUUCAAGAAGAUCUACAGCACCUCCUCGCCGGAGGUCCAGAAGGCCAUGAACAAGUCCUUCUCGGAAUCCGGAGGCACCGUCCUCAGCACCAACUGGAGCGAGGUGGGCAAGGAGAAGGUCACCGUGAAGCCACCGGACGGAACCGAGUUCCGCGAGUGGGAGAAGUAGGGAGUGGAGUGCCCCUACCCCUGUAUUUAUAAAGUCCACAAGAGAGAGAUUAAAAGAGAAACACUAAUAUGUAUAUUUUUACGCAUGGAUCGGCCAGCAACCAAGAACAAACGUUACAAACAAACAGAAACUAACAAGAAUUGUUUUGAAUAAAUUUGAUUUAAGCAUUGCA